GCGUUCAUUGACGCUAAAGUUGACAGAAGAGGCACAAGUGUUAUUCUAUCAUCCUCUCCUAUAAUAUCUUGCGUGGUCCCUGCUGAGGCAUAGUGGGAAAUUCCAUUUUCAACAUGGCGUCUUUUCAACACACUGCUGACGAGUCAGGCGACGUUUCAUCGUCGGAAGAGAUGGAUUCAGGAUCAGACUCAGAAGAAGAGCUGGGGGAAGGUUCUGAGGUACAGAAGGCAGGAAGUGAUGCUAAGAGCGGAGUCACAACUUCGUCCACAACGACAGCUGAAGCGAAUACAAUGAAGAAAGAGUUGUCAACAAUGUCAUUUGAGGAUAUUCAAAGACUCAGGGACAAAAUAGGCACAAAAACAUAUAACCAAGCUCUCCAUGGUUCAAACAGCAAGAGGGAUCAAAAUAAAGUAUUCAAGAGAGCCAACAAAAACAGGCCAGUAGAGAUGUCAUCCAAAUGUCCACCUCCAAGGAUAAGACAGGUGGUUCCAAUAAAAAAGAAGAUCCACAGAGACCCUCGUUUUGAUGACCUGUCGGGAGAGUAUGAUGAGAAGAUCUUUGAAAAGUCAUACUCAUUUUUGGACCCAAUGAAGGCCAGAGAAAAAAAGUACCUCGAGAAGCAGCUGCGGAAAGAGAAAGAUGAGGACAGAAGAAGGAACAUUCAAAAGCUCAUUAGAAGAAUGGAACAACAAGAAAGAACCAAACGGCAGGAGGACAUCAAGGAAAAGGCCCUCAAGGAGUGGAAGGCUAAGGAGAAAGAGCUGGUCAAACAGGGAAAGAAACCAUACUUCCUCAAGAAAUCUGAUGAGAAGAAGCUGGUGCUUGCACAAAAGUUCAAAGAGCUGAAGAAGAGUGGCAAAGUGGAGAAGUUCUUGCAGAAAAAGAGAAAAAAGAAUGCAGCAAGAGACCGCAAACAUCUGCCAACAGACUCUUGAGAUUUUGGCACUUGAAAGCAGCGUCAUUCAUUCAUGUCGCUCAGCAAAAAAGUGGAAAUAACAGCCAACUCAUCAACAUGUUUUAUAACAAGAAAACUUGUAUUUUGAUUGUGUAUACUAGUAUUUCACAGUGUAAAAUUAAACAAAUGAUUAUGAC